AUGAAUAGUGAAUGUAUUAAGGUUCCCACCAAUUCUAUUGGCCUUAUCAAAGGCAAAAAAGGAGUCAACCUCAAAGACAUAGAAAGGCGUUCCAGCGCUAAAUGUGAGAUAAAAGAGGAUCACAUCGUUGUGACUGGCUCGAAUGAUGCCCGUCGCAUCGCCAUAAACUUCAUCAAAGAUUGCGUCUAUAAUUCCAUCAUCGUUUACCGUCAUCCCAUUGAAGCGAUUAUUGCGUUACGACCGCCUUUGGUCGAACUCAAAAACAUAUUAUUCGUGAAAUAUAAAGGAGUUGUGGAUAUGAAUAAUGUCAAUAAGCCAUUUUUUGUUUUAGAUGAAGGAAAGAAGAAGAGAAAACAUGAAAAGCUUGAUGACCUCUCUUCGAGUUUGAAUAAUUUAAACAUCGAGAAAAUCAAUCGUAUCAUCGCCCCGGAAAAAGAUGAACCCUUGAUAGAUUAUAUUACCGAGCGGCUCGUUAAACUUGUCUCAAGUAAUAAGACUCACAUCUUCAAGCUCAAAGUAAAUAUUGGAAAGCAACUCUUUUAUCCUGCAAUUAAGAAGAGAUUGCAUCUACCACCUUCGGUCAAAUUCGCCAAUCUCCUUAAAUACGAGAUUGGUUACCAACGUGAUAUCAAGGUUGUAUUCAUGAACUAUAUCUCCUCUGGCAUAGCAAAAGAAAUCGAAAAUCGUCUCGAUAAAUUAGGAUACAAGGAAGAUAAUGAGAAGAUCGUUCAAAGAGCUUCGAUUCACUUGAUUGAUGUCAAUGAGGAGAAACGCUAUACCAUUUCCACCGAUAUCACAUCAGAAGGCUACCUAAAGAUUCGUAAAUAUAGUGUUGACAACAUGAAACAUCUCUUCUUAUCUUUUACUAGAUCGAAAUCAGAUUUGGACUUUCGAUUCAGAAUUCUUUCCCGAGAGCCACCCAUAACGAACGUGCCUCACAGACUUAUCAACUUAAUCAACAAAGCUACCUAUGAUCCCGAUACUAUGACCGUUCAUUUGACGGAUACUACCGAUUAUCUAUUCACGGUUAUCCGUGUCAAGGUCAAACGCAAGUUGUUUAACAACAAGGAUGACCUUUCUAAUAGUAGACUAAAAGUUACCAUUUCGGAAAUACAAGAGAUGGGAAAGAAAGGUACCCAGGUGUCUGUGACUAGUGAUUCAUUGCAAGAGAACUUGGAAAAAUUAGAAGAAACGUGCAAUAAGGAAGUGGGACAAUUUGUAAAUGAAAUGAAUAGGAUCGUGGAUGGAUUGCAAUACAAUGUCACUGAUUAA